AUGGAUGGCCUUGCCCGCCAUUGGGUCAACCUUUGGCCAGUGACUGAUCUGUGGUUGAGGGCCGUGGACCUGGCGCCGCUCUCGUCCGAUGGCUUCGACUUUCGCUCCAACACAACCUCGGCCAUGGUGAACGAGCUCAAGUUCGCGGCCUCCAAGUCCGUCAGGACCUCGUUCCUCAUUCUCGCCAGCUUCAACGCCGUGGCCGGCGCCGCGCUGGCUUUCGCCAUAGCCUGGGACGGCUACUCGGGCCUGAGGAGGGCGAAACCCUCGUUCAGGCUGAGAUCGUCACCCCUCAGCGUCGUUGGCCCGACGGAGACCUUUCCCUUUAUUCUCGCUUGUGCCAUCGUCAUCCAGGCCAUCAUAUUUGCCGCCGCCCAAUCCAAAGGCCUGCAGUCGCUCCUUCUUUUGGGAUGCGGGCCCGUCUCCCAAGCCAUGCUGCCAGGUGAGUUCACCAGUCUCUCCCCUAGGCCUUCCCGGCCGAGCAGAAAUUGCAUGCUCAUCAACGCAGCCAUCUUCAUUGUACCUUUUACGCAACUGGUAUUUGGCCUGGAAACGAUGCAGCGCGCCUUUCGCCCAUUUCCCUUUCCCGAGAGGCUCAAGUGGACAGUCCCGACCUGCCUGGCCAUCACAGGCCUGGGCCUGAUACUGGCAUCCGCCGUCGCUCAGGUGGAAAAGCCGCCCAAUUUCUGCUUCGGCUCCCUUUUUUGGCUGCUGCAGCGUUGGACUCUUGGCGUCUUCGCCCUUCUCACCGCCAUCUCCGCCUGCCUGCUCAUCGGAAGCGUCGUCAUUUUCACUCGACUCUGCCGCACCGGCGACAUCGCCGAGGAGCAAAGGACCUCGGCCUCAUGGAUGGCCUGUUACAUGGUCUUGGCCGCCGUCACCUUGGCAAUCAUCGCCCCCUUUUUUUGGAGCAUUCACCCGGAUGCAUCAGCGACGAUGAAGGAGCAGCAAGGCCAGCUGGGCAUGGCUGCCGUCGUUUCCGCGAACCUUUCCGGUCUGACUUCCGGCGGUCUGUACAUUCUUCUUCGAUCGACAGGCCUCGGUAGCAUCGGUCCCAGCGGCUAUUCCGAGUUCGAUAGGCAGCUGUCCAGGAGGGGAAAACGGCCGUCUACCACGGGCAACACCAUCAACUACAUCUACACGAAACAGAUGGAGCAGCCGGUAUCGCCUAUGAGGAUGGGCCAAGACUGGGUAGACCUUGUGGACGACGAGGAGAAGUCGACGGAAAGCCUGCCAGCAACGCCGGCCAGCCAUGGCCCGGAUCUUGGAUCGGCCGUGGCGAGCACGUAUCCCACCUCACCCCCCUCCAAAGCGCCCGAUGCGGACGUCGUCUCACCCACGACAGGUCGGACACGAAAGCCUAGCGUUCGCAGGAACUCGUACAGCAUUUUCCCUUCCGCCCAUGAUCCCAAGCCGACAUUGGUUCUCCCACCAGCCGUGUACAACCCGAAAGUGAAGCCGUCGAACGAGCCGCUCGAUAUUUUUUCUGUCAGCGACUUGAUGCCACCUCCAAUGAUCCGGACUUCUCGUCAUCUUCGCAACACGUCACUGGUCUCGACGGCAACGGUCCAGAUCGGGUUGCGCGUGUCGAAUCUUGAUGACAUGCCCCCCGUCACCUCCUACUACGAAGCACCGUAUCCGUAUCCCCGACCCGAAACACCAUAUCCCCGACCCGAAACACCGUAUCCCCGGGAAUCCAAGUUUCCGGAGACGCUUGGACUGGCCAUUUCCACGGAUGCAGUAUCCGCGUCACCACCACCACCGUCCGUUGGUACUGCCAAAGGCGUUGCUGGACCCGCCGAAAAGCAGCUCCCGCCCGUUCCCCUGAAAAUUGAGAAGAAGAACAGCAGAAGGGGGUUGAAUGAAAGGAUGGAAGAGGAGGAGAUGAGACUUGGCCCAUCCGUGUAUAGUCCUCCACCGCAAACGUCGAAGCUGUCCAGGAAAGGCACGGUAAACACCAGCCCGCGCGGCUCGCCAACUAGGGCGCCGCCUCCGGGCCCCAUCGGGAGUGAACAGGGCCGAACGAGAGUGCAGUCGGUGGAGUGGAUUUGA